GGGUAAAGUCCCGGCAGAGCCUGAGCAGCGGCCCCGCGAACCGAGGAAGCUUGAGAAGCGGCACGUCCCACCGGAGACCUCUUGCUGCUUCCCGCCGCUGCCACCGCCUCCUGAGCCGAGGAAGACAUGAGCCAGGCCCGCUGGACCGGGAAGAGAUCAGACAUGCUGCCGGAGAUCGCCGCCGCCGUGGGCUUCCUCUCCAGCCUCCUGAGAACCCGGGGCUGCGUGAGCGAACAGAGACUAAAGGUUUUCAGCGGGGCUCUCCAGGAGGCACUCACAGAGCACUACAAACACCACUGGUUUCCUGAAAAGCCGUCCAAGGGCUCCGGUUACCGCUGCAUACGUAUCAACCACAAGAUGGACCCCAUCAUCAGCAAGGUGGCCAGCCAGAUCGGACUCAGCCAGCCCCAGCUGCACCGGCUGCUGCCCAGUGAGCUGACCCUGUGGGUGGACCCCUACGAGGUGUCCUACCGCAUUGGGGAGGAUGGCUCCAUCUGCGUCCUGUACGAGGAAGCCCCAGUGGCUGCGUCCUAUGGGCUCCUCACCUGCAAGAACCAAAUGAUGCUGGGCCGGAGCAGCCCGUCGAAGAACUACGUGAUGGCGGUCUCCAGUUAGAUCCCCCGCCACCCCCACCAGGCGCUCUGCUGUACUCAUUCUGCCGUGACAACAGGCCACCGAAUACCUCAACCUGGGGAACUGUAUUUUAAAUGAAGAGCUAUUUAUAUAUAUAUUAUUUUUUUUAAGAAAAGGGGAGGGAAAAAAAACCAAAAGAUUUUUUUUUUUUUUUAAAGAAAAAUCCUUCAAGGGAGCUGCUCGGAAGUGGCUUCCCCAGGUGCCUUUGGAGAGAACUGUUGUGCGUUGAGUCUGGGAACCAGUGUCUGCCUACAGGAGGGGGGAGGAGGGAAGGGGUGGGCCCGGCUUGAGGGGAGUUGGGAGAAGCUUGGCUGGCACCCCAGGAAGAUGGGGGAGGGAGCAAGCAAGGUUAGCAACUGUGAAAGAGAGGUCAGGAUCUGCGUUGAGGAGAGAAGAGGGGCUCAGUUCAAACCUCUCACUCUCCCGAGCAGGACACCUGUAUCCCUGGCCCCUCUCUUACUCAGGGGCAUUCAAGCCUGGACUUAAAUUAUACUAUGUUGCCUAAUCUUCUUCCAUUUUUCUGAUGAGAUCCAGGGCAGAGAGUGAAAAGGCCUCUCCCGAUUGCUUCUGCCCUAAGCAGCUUUUCUUGAAAUCACGACUUGUUUUCUGAUUCUAUGCUCAGGGGCCUAGUAGAUGUUGCUUCCCAGCCAGGAAACAAAAGCUUUUUGUUUGGUGGGGGGCUGGGGGAGUAAGGCAGGAGUUAGAGGUUAUUGGGGUUGGGACGGAAGGGUACUCUGCACAAAACCUUUGCUUUUGCUGUGUGCUGCUCUGUGUGUGAGUAUGUGUGGUAAUUAAGUUGGGGGUGAUUGCAAUGGAAUUUUGGGACCCAAAGAGUAGCCACUGGGGAUGUGUUUUUUGGUUUUGUUUUUUGUUUUUUCGUUUUGUCUUGGCCAAAACCCUUCUUUCUGGAACCACAGGAAAGUCCUGAUGCUGCUGCUGCCAUUAUCCCUUCAAGAGUUGGCUCAAAAGCUACAGGGAACUCUAGGUUCUCUAUUACUGCCUUCUUUUUAAAAGCACAACACUUCUCCCUAACUCUCCUGUUCUUCUCCCCUUCUGGUUGCGUCAUGGAGCUACCCAGUUUUCCAGAACUAGAGCUCUCAACUCAUUGUGCAAUAUGGCCUCCUGGGUCCCAGGAGAGUCUGAAGGAGAACUGGCUCUCAGAACCCCCUGGGGCCCCGGAGGGCUUCGGGAAUCCCCUCCCCCACCCCCACCCCCCAUCCUGGGGACUCUGGCUGGCUGGUCGGUCGGCCUGGCAGGUAUUGCUCGGCCAAUGGGAGAAUGCCCCAAUUUCUGCAGUACUGCUUGGUGUUCUUGUAGGGCUGACACUAAAAGCCUAAAUCCUGGGCAUUAUUUCCUCCCCGGUGCUCAGAGCACCUGUGGGGAGGUUGCUGUCUCUCAGUACAAUCCAAAUUUGUCUGUAGACUUGUGCAAUAUUUACUGUUUGGGGUUGGAGCCCAUGGAAAUCUAACACUGGGACAAAAUCUCCUCCCUUCGGUUUUUCAGUGACAUUAGUGACGGGUCCUCAGAAGGCCUUGAGUUUCCCAAACUCGAAAUCACUUUAGAAGGACGUUGCUAGAGCAUCUGGUCUAGCUGGCUACCCUCCUGUCCAGCCCACCUGGCUGUCGUCCCUUAGUGAGGAAGCUUUCUUCCCCACGCGAGCGUCCCCCCAACUCCACUGCCAGUCCCCUCCCUGGAUUCCUUAACUACUCAGUUCUGAUUCAAAGGUGCUAUUUACCAAACACUCCCCCUACCCAUUCCACCUGGCCCUGGCUCCUUUUCAACUCUAGACUCCGAGCGGCCUUCCCAGACCCUGCUUCCAGCCUUUACUGCUUUAACGCUAAUUUCAGGCCCACAGACCCAAGAGCUGAUUUUCUGGCCUGUGGGUUAAGACAAAGCUGUGAAUCACUGCACAUGGCGUUGUUGCAUCUCGUCUGCAAACAGGUCCCUGCCUUUUAAAAAAAAAAAAAAAAAAGAAGCAGCCUCAUGGUCUCAUACUUGAUUUUUUUUCUCUUCUCUCUCUCUUUCUUUCGUUUUUUGUUUUUGUUUUUUUUUUCCUUUGAUGUUCACUUUAAAAACAUCCAGAGCUGGACUGUUGAGCAGGCCUGUCUCUCCUAUUAAGUAAAAAUAAAUAAUAGUAGUACGUUUGUAAGCUAUUCUGACAGGAAAGACAAAGGUUACUAAUUGUAUAAUAGUGUUUUUAUAUGGAAGAAUGUACAGCUUUAUGGACAAAUGUACGCUGUUUUGGGUUACUUUAAUAAAAUUGUAGCAGAUGCA